GUUCUACUCCUUCGCUUCUCUGCCUCCUCUCAGCCACUGCCUCUCUUCUACUGUAAUAAUAAUCAAUGGCGACGGCGACUGCUUCUUCCUUCUCUUCGGCUCUUUCUGCUCCUACAUCUUCUGCUGCUUCCAAAACCCGUGUGGUUCCUAAAGCCCUGGGGUUCGUCUCGCUGACUUCCAAGUCCCUGAGGUCUCUUCAAGCUAGACCUACUCGUGCUACUAAUGUCGGUGGCGGCUCCGCUCUUGGAGCUCGCAUGGUGUCUGUGCCUGCGAUUAAGCCUCCGGCUUCUCUUGAUUUUGAGACCUCCGUUUUCAAGAAGGAGAAGAUCAACCUCGCCGGUCAUGAUGAGUAUAUUGUGAGAGGAGGCAGAAAUUUGUUCCCUUUGCUGCCAGAUGCCUUCAAGGGAAUCAAGCAGAUUGGUGUUAUCGGGUGGGGUUCUCAGGGACCUGCUCAAGCUCAGAAUUUAAGAGACUCUCUUGCUGAAGCAAAGUCUGAUACUGUUGUUAAGAUUGGAUUAAGGAAGGGAUCCCGUUCUUUUGCCGAAGCUCGGGCAGCUGGUUUUACCGAAGAGACUGGAACUCUGGGUGAUAUAUGGGAAACUGUCUCAGGCAGUGAUCUUGUUUUACUUCUUAUUUCUGAUGCUGCACAGGCGGAUAAUUAUGAGAAAAUAUUUUCCCACAUGAAGCCGAACAGCAUACUUGGGCUUUCUCAUGGGUUUCUCUUAGGGCAUCUGCAGUCAAUCGGACUUGAUUUCCCCAAGAACAUCAGUGUUAUUGCUGUAUGUCCAAAAGGCAUGGGUCCAUCUGUGAGAAGGCUCUAUGUCCAAGGAAAAGAAAUAAAUGGUGCUGGAAUUAAUUCCAGUUUUGCAGUCCAUCAGGAUGUUGAUGGUAGAGCAACAGAUGUUGCUUUAGGAUGGUCUGUUGCCCUUGGUUCCCCUUUCACAUUCGCUACAACUUUAGAGCAGGAAUACAGAAGUGACAUCUUUGGCGAGCGAGGCAUUUUACUUGGUGCUGUUCAUGGUGUUGUGGAGUCCUUAUUCAGAAGAUACACUGAAAAUGGAAUGAAUGAAGAUUUGGCUUACAAGAAUACUGUUGAGAGCAUAACAGGAAUUAUAUCCAGAACAAUCUCAACCAGGGGCAUGUUGGCUGUUUACAAUUCCUUGUCUGCAGAAGGCAAAAAGGAAUUUGAGGCUGCAUAUAGUGCCUCAUAUUAUCCUUGCAUGGAAAUCUUGUAUGAGUGCUAUGAAGAUGUGGCUUGUGGUAGUGAGAUCCGAAGUGUUGUUUUGGCAGGACGUCGCUUUUAUGAAAAAGAAGGUUUACCGGCAUUUCCAAUGGGUAAUAUUGAUCAGACUCGCAUGUGGAAAGUUGGUGAACGUGUCCGAUCAACACGACCAGCUGGUGAUCUAGGCCCAUUAUACCCCUUUACUGCUGGUGUUUUUAUUGCAUUAAUGAUGGCCCAGAUUGAGAUCUUGAGGAAAAAAGGACAUUCAUACUCUGAGAUCAUCAACGAAAGUGUGAUCGAGUCAGUGGAUUCAUUGAAUCCCUUUAUGCAUGCUCGUGGGGUUUCUUUCAUGGUUGAUAAUUGCUCAACUACAGCUCGAUUGGGAUCAAGGAAAUGGGCUCCACGAUUUGAUUACAUCCUCACUCAGCAGGCUUUGGUUUCAGUGGACAAGGGUGCACCCAUCAACCAGGACCUCAUCGGAAAUUUCUUCUCAGAUCCAGUCCAUGGAGCAAUUGAAGUUUGUGCUCAAUUGAGACCUACAGUAGACAUUUCAGUCACUGCUGAUGCAGAUUUUGUCCGUCCGGAGUUGCGCCAGUCGGCCAAUUAAAAAACAACCUCUUGAGCAAAUCCCUCAUCAAUCUAUGAUUGUCGGUUUUUUAUUUUAUGUCAAUCGGUGACUACUGUUUUUUUGGUUCUAUGUAUUUGACGAGUUGCGUUGUGUGUCUUGAGUUUGUUGUGAACGAGCAAAGAUAUGAUGAUGAACGUUCUGUUAGUUAUGGUGAGGUAAUAUUAGAUAAUUAUUAGUGAUGUUGGAAUCCUUUUAGUUUGA